CGUCAGUGUUGUUUUCAAAAUGGCUGAUCACGAGCUUCUUCAUCAUUAUCAUCACCUUUCGCUCUGUUUGUGCGACCUAAUCCGGUUGCUCUGGGCCCUGAUCGUCCCGUGCCUGUACCUGUCUCUGCUCCUCACUGUGCUCCUGCUGCUGCUCCUUCUGGGGGUGAGGCUGUGGCUCCAGGGCCGGAGGAGAGCGAGGAGGUCCCGGGACAAGGGGCCGGCGGUCGCCUUCUUUCACCCGUACUGUAACGCGGGCGGAGGGGGGGAGAGGGUGCUGUGGUGCGCGCUCCGGGCUCUCAUGAACAAAUACCCUGACGUGUCGUUCGUGGUGUACACCGGCGAUCAGGGCGUGACUCCGGAGCAGAUCAUUGAAGGAGCGCGGCGCAGGUUUAACAUCACUCUUCCUCGCGGCGUGAGCUUCGUCUUCCUCAGCCUCCGGGUCCUGGUGGAGGCGGGGUCAUACCCUCACUUCACGCUGCUCGGACAAAGCCUCGGCUCCAUGUUUCUGGGCUGGGAGGCUCUCACGUCCUUUGUCCCAGACCUGUACGUUGACUCGAUGGGUUACGCCUUCACUCUGCCCAUCUUCAGGUACCUGGGCGGCUGUAAAGUGGCGAGCUACGUCCACUACCCCACGGUGUCCACAGACAUGCUCUCUGUGGUGCGGCAGAGGAACCCCAGGUUCAAUAACUCGGACAUGAUCAGCCGGAACGCCGUCCUCAGCGCGGUCAAGCUCUUGUAUUACUGCUGUUUCGCUCUGCUCUACGGUCUGGCCGGCUCCUGCAGCGACGUCAUCAUGGUCAACUCCACCUGGACUUUGGGUCACAUCCUGGCUCUGUGGCGCUCGCCGUCCCGCACAGGCGUCGUGUACCCCCCGUGCGACGUCCGCGCGUUCCUCGACAUCGCGCUCGAAAACGAAGACGACGACGACUGGGAGGAGGUUGGGCGGGAGCUGGGAGAGGACGGUUUUCAAGCCAAACCCGAGAAAAAGCGCAUCUCCAUCGUCUCCGUCGGGCAGUUCAGACCAGAGAAAGAUCACAAGCUGCAGAUCCAGGCGUUCAGGGAGUUGCUGAACAGGAACGGCGCGUGGGAGAAGGACGCGCUGCGGCUCGUUCUGAUUGGCGGAUGCAGGAAUGAGGAGGACGAGGAGCGCGUGCUGAUGUUGAGAGGUUUCUGUGAAGAGCUGGAGGUGGGAGGUAAGGUGGAGUUUAAACUAAAUGUGCCGUUCGAGGAGCUGAAGAAAGAACUGGGUCACGCCACCAUCGGGCUGCACACCAUGUGGAACGAGCACUUUGGGAUUGGAGUGGUGGAGUGCAUGGCGGCGGGCACCAUCGUCCUGGCACAUAAGUCCGGCGGUCCGAAGCUGGACAUCGUGGUUCCUUUCGGGGGCGGGCAGACGGGCUUCUUGGCGGACAGCGUGGAGAGCUAUGCCUCGUCCAUGGAGACCAUCCUCUCUCUGACCCCCGAGGCGCGGCUGGAGAUCAGACGGAACGCGCGGCAGUCGGUGGAGCGUUUCUCCGACCAGGAGUUUGAGAGCAGCUUUUUGGGCGCCAUGGAAACGGUGAUGAGGCGACUGGAGCGAUGAGCGAAACUGGACGACACGUUUCAACAUGAAGACCAAAUACAGACUCAAGAGCUUCACGAGGGAAAAGAAAAGUGUUCUACAGCAGGACUAAACCAGGACUGAACCAGGACUAAACCAGGACUGAACCAGGACUAAACCAGGACUAAACCAGGACUAAACCAGAACUGAACCAGGACUAAACCAGGACUGAACCAGGACUGAACCAGGACUAAACCAGGACUAAACCAGGACUGAACCAGGACUGAACCAGGACUGAACCAGGACUAAACCAGGACUGAACCAGGACUGAACCAGGACUGAACCAGGACUGAACCAGGACUGAACCAGGACUGAACCAGGACUGAACCAGGACUGAACCAGGACUGAACCAGGACUGAACCAGGACUAAACCAGGACUAAACCAGGACUAAACCAGGACUGAACCAGGACUGAACCAGGACUAAACCAGGACUAAACCAGGACUAAACCAGGACUGAACCAGGUCUAAACCAGGACUGAACCAGGACUAAACCAGGACUGAACCAGGACUAAACCAGGACUAAACCAGGUCUAAACCAGGACUAAACCAGGUCUAAACCAGGACUGAACCAGGACUAAACCAGGACUAAACCAGGACUAAACCAGGACUGAACCAGGACUGAACCAGGACUGAACCAGGACUGAACCAGGACUGAACCAGGACUAAACCAGGACUAAACCAGGACUGAACCAGGACUGAACCAGGACUGAACCAGGACUAAACCAGGACUAAACCAGGACUAAACCAGGUCUAAACCAGGACUAAACCAGGACUGAACCAGGUCUAAACCAGAACUGAACCAGAACUGAACCAGGACUAAACCAGGACUAAACCAGGUCUAAACCAGGUCUAAACCAGGACUGAACCAGGACUGAACCAGGACUAAACCAGGACUAAACCAGGACAAGCAUAUGGUGAACCCUCAAUUAGAAAAGUGACUUAGUGCAGCUUUAAAGGAGGUUUAAACCAGGAGCAGUUCAGCGAGGUAAUGAAUACAGUAAUAGUUUUGAAAAGGAAGUUACAAAAAGUAAAUCUUUUCACAAUAAAAGCCUGAUUCAGAUGAACACAGACGGUGUGAAGGUCUCGUCCUCAGCUCUUUAAGUCUGCAGCACUUUUAAACACGUUUGCUCUUCACUUGGAGCAGCCAUUUUGAAUUUACAUUGAUUUAGUUGAAGCUUUUUGUUACGUGCAAAGUGCAAACCUCUUUGAUUUUAGGUGUAUUUAGGUCCACAUUGUGUUACAUGGAAUAAAUAUGCUUUGUAAAUGCUCAAUGUAGAUAAUAUUCAGUUAUAUUUAAUAAAACAUUACAUAUUGAUAAUGGGGUAAAAAGAGUUUCUUUGGGUUGUGUGAAUUAAGUUGUGUUUAAAGGCCCAUAUGACACUGUUUUCUGUUUCCUCGUCACACACAGACCUGGAGUUGUG